UUAAACAAUGGAACAACGGGGAAUUCCCCUUUAGUAUUUUCGCGAAAGUAAUAAGAGUGCCUUUGUGCCAACUUUAAGCGUCAUACGGUUAUAGGCCAACCACACAGCACAUUGACUGAAUCAUCUAUGUCAAGAAGAUAAAGCGGUGAAGAUAAAAGCGACGAUAUGUCUCAGCGUACGGUCUUGAAUGAGCAGUAUAAGGGGUUGGUGGAGCGAAUGUCAGUUCCGGUUGAGCUUCAUGAGAGAGAGGGACGUCGCUAUGCUACCUGUGCUUCGUUAGUUCCCAUACAUUGUUGCACGGCGGAACAGAAGGCAGAACUCUCGGUGUCAACCCACCACUACUGUGACGUGUUUACGGAACAAGUUUUGGCUCAUUUGGCCGAGCUUGCCUACGUCCGGCUAGAUGCGGACACUGCUGAGAAGGUAUUUUUGAAUCGUACUAAGCGUAUACUACUUGUAUCGAGCGACGGUAAACUGGCCCAAUGGCGAUGUGCUCCGACUUUUGAGUCUGCGAAUAAUUAUAUCGCAGGUGCACCUAUUGUCAAUAAAGAUGGUAGCAUCGUUUCCAUAGUGACCGCCAAGCGGGGGAACCACUAUGCGGUAUCCAAUGCAGAGGGUGAGGGUGGGUAUUUCGAGACGUCCAAACCCUGGGAGAUCAUCGAUACAGGUGACGCUAAAUUCGUGUACGCAGACAAAACUUUCUCCACCCGUGAGGAAUUACGGGCAUAUAUUAAUUCCCUUCCCCCCGCUUCACUCGCUUCACCCCCGCGGCCGCUUUUGAUCCGCGGAAACAGUCCCCGAGUCGCUCUAGUUGCAGAGAAUGGAAGGCAGCUGGUUCAUAUUUAUCUAUCUGGAGUACUAGUUAAUGAUGUUCAGUACUUAUAAGUUUUUACCAAUUUGAAAUAUCAUUUUAAUAUCAUAAAGCGUUAAGUUUCUUUAGAAAUAUUUGGUGAAUUGUUAACAUUAAAGGAAUACGCAAAAUAAUGAAUGUAGAGUUUAUAGCUUCAGCUAUUACAGCUUCCCCAGAAUGUAGGCGAAAUAAAAAUAUACAAUUGCAGUUA